AUUUCCACCCCGACAACAAUCGUCGCAUCUCGAACCCCCGGGCCACUCAAAUUCCCGCUGACCAAGACUCCGGAGUUCACCCCGUGUCAACCACACGCACUCCUCCUCGAUCGACCGGCAGCCGUGCAGAGUAACCAAUUGUGAUCAUGGCGAACUUCAAAUCUUACCCGUUUCUGCUCGGGUUCGUCGUUCUUUUCUGCUUCGUGCGACCGACGCUCGCCUUCGGCGCCGGCAACAUCGCUGGCAUCUCGUCGGUCGAAGGCCAGAACUGGCGCCACGGCGAUAUCGAGGAUGCGCUCCUCAAGAUCUUCAUGGCCCGCGCCGUCGGCGGCAAGCGUUUCGACAAGUUGAUGGUUUCUCGCGUCUAUUUCGGCAACUGGCUGCGCGAUUACUCCCAGGCCAUUGACGUGGGGACCGUCAAGAGCGUCUCGGCCGAGGCCAUCCGUCUCCUGCUGUGCGUCCUCGGUUUUCUGACCUUUGGUUACGGGAGCCGCGAGUUCGAGGUCACCGCGGAGCGCCUGGGCUGCUACCGCCCCGAGGACCAUAUCGACAACCCCAAGAACUACGCCGACAACCAGGAUGCGCGCCAGUAUGAUCGCCGUCUGCGCGGUCCCGUGGACGAGUCGGUCGAGCUGGCCAUCGACGAGCAGUCGGGCAUGAAGAACUACAUCGCGAACGAGGAAGCCGGUAUCAUGACUUCGGCGCUUCAUGUCCGCCGCCUGUUCACCAAGUGCAUCCAGCUCGGCCGCUCGUAUGGGCAGUCCCGGAACAAGGACGAUCUCUACGAGGCUCUGCGCCUCAUGGGCACUGGCCUGCACUGUCUCGAGGACUUCUUUGCCCACAGCAACUACACUGAGCUCGCCCUGAUCGAGCUGGGCGAGCACGACGUCUUCCCCCACGUCGGUCGCAACACCAAGUUGCGAAUUCCCGGUGCUCGCCGAGCGGUGUAUCCUAUCGUCACCGGUACCUUCGGUGGCGUUGACUUUCUGCACUCCGUUACCGGAGAAUUGUCCGACAAGUUGAUCCAGAGCGAGAUUGAGGACUUGGAGGGGACUCUGAAGCAGAGCAGCAACAGUGACACCAGCCUGCUCCGCGAGCUGCUCGACAAGAUCCCCGACGGCUUGCUGGGCGGCGACGAAAAGUCGAAGGUGGACGACCUUCAGAGUAAUGCGCAGGCCGCCCAGAUGCAAAACCUGCAGGUGUCGCCGAGAGAGCCUGAGGAGUUCACCGUCUACAUCAGGAACGCGUUCAACCAAGUCAUGCCUGCCAUCCGGUUCCACGACGAACUGCUCAUGAACAUCUCGAAGGCGAUCGAGAAGAUCCCUGUUCUGCCCAAGCUUAUUGAGCAACUCGAGGACCAGAUGUCUAUCUUUGUAUUUUCCGUCAUUGCGCCCUUCGUCGUACCCCUCAUCGACCAGAUCAAGAACGAGCUCGCGACCGGCGCGAGCGAAAUCAUCAACAGCAGCAAGAACGAGCAGCUCAACGUAUUCGAGGACGACAACUGCACCGAUCCGACCCAUUCGAUGCUGUCCAAGGACCAUUUUACCAACAUUCUCAACGAAAUCGCUGGCCGUACCGCCUCCAGGGUCGUCUCUUGGGUCGUCCCCCAGCUCAUGGAAGCCUGGGACGACCACUCGGUCGACGUCGACCGGCUGCUCAACAAGAUCAUCUACGGCGUGAUGCACCACCCGGCGCAGCGCGACAUGGGGCCCGAGGGCGCCCCCGAAGGCCGCAACCUCAUCUUCAACAGCGUGCAAGAGUGGUGGGCGGACAUGGACGAAAGCCAGCGCGACGAAUACCGGCGCAAGCUGAGCCGCGAGGGCGUCGAGCGCGGCGAAAACCACAAGGCCGGCCAGUCCGACUGCGGCCACGGCAGCGGCGGCAAGCUCAAGAUGCACAAGAACUACAAGAACGAAGCGCCCCAGACCUUCGAGGACCAGAUCGCCGGCGCCGCCGCGGGCGCCAUCAUGGGCGGCGUCAAGCAGACCUUCUCGAACGUGCUGCAGGACGUCGAGGGCGGUGUCACCGGCGGUGGCGGCGGUCCCCAGGGCUCUGAUCUGCUUGGUGGCCUCAUCAGCAGCGUCGAGGGCGGCGGCAAUAGCCAAGGUUCCGACGUGCUGGGCGGUCUCAUCAGCGGCGUGGCCGGCGGUUUUCUCGGCGGCGGCUUCAAGAAGGAGGAGGAGGAGACCGACACGUUCCGGUCUGGCGGAUACACCGAGACGCAGUACAGCCGCUACGAGGAGCAGCAGGAUGACAGCGGCCGCGGCGCCAGCUACGGCUACACGGCGAGCGCGGAGACCCGCUACGGCGGUGGCGGCGGCGGCGCUCGCGAUGACUACAUGCGCGCUGCCCGGCAGGACUUCGGCGAGUACGGGCAACGCGAGGAGGAGAGCGGCUACGGUCGUCGGGAAGAGGAAAGCAGCUAUGGCGGUUACAGCCGCCGGGAGGAGGAGAGAAGCUAUGGUGGUUACGCCCGCCGGGAGGAAGAGAGCGGCUACGGCCGUCGGGAAGAGGAGAGCAGCUAUGGUGGUUACGGCCGCCGGGAGGAGGAGAGUGGCUACGGUCGCCGGGAAGAAGACGACAGCUAUGGCGGUUACGGCCGCCGAGAGGAAGAGAGCGGCUAUGGUGGGUACGGCCGUCGUCAGGAGGAAAGCUACGGCGGCCGAGAGGAAGAGACCGGCUAUGGCGGCUACGGAGGUCGGAAUGAAGAAGAGGGCUAUGGCAGCUCCGAGGGUCGCUGGGGUGCUCGCGGCCGGAAUUAUGAAGAGGAGCAGGAAGAGGAAGAGGGCAGAGAGCGCCGCGGCGGCUGGGGAUAUUAAAGCAUCCCCGUCCAAUGUCGGGCGCAUCUGCAUCUGAUUGCCGUGACUUUGCGGCAACCAUAGAGACAGGCAUGAGAUGCCCCGAAAAGCUCUGCGUUCCUUUGACUAGUGCUCUCUUGCUUUUCCGCUGUUUCUCUAUUUUUGAGGCCCGCUCACAGAAAUAGAGAACCGGCCCUGCUCUGUGGCGA